GUGACGUCAGCAGAAACGUUGCGGACGUAGAUGUGUACAACACAUGUAAUAUUGCCGGUGGGUCUCUGAGAGCACCAGAGCUUCAUUUUUCAUCGCCACAGUGCGAGUGGACCUCAGAGAAAGAGUCAUCUUUCUGGUAUUGUACUACCACAGCCUUUGGAUGAAGCCGCUGUAGGAAAAGAGAAUCUCUAAUGACGCUAUCAGUAAUUAGCUUAGCUAGCAUAGCUGGUGUACUUUUACUAUCCCUGCUCGUUGGGUAACAUUUACCUUUAUCCAGCUGGAGCAAGAAGAGCCAGCCAGGUGAAGCCAUAGCUUAAUACAAGGACGGACUUCGAACUUUAACAGACCUGUUUUGUGAGCUAACACAGAGCUGUUGGCUGAUUCAAACUACUUCCUCCUUGUGUCGUUCGAGGUCAUUCUGUAGCGUCUAUCUAAGGAUAGCCAGUGGUUAUCUGGAAAGGAGCCAUGAAGAGCCUUCCGUAUUUCUGCCGGGGAGAGGUCAUUAGAGGUUUCGGAAGAGGAAGCAAAGAACUGGGAAUUCCCACGGCCAAUUUUCCUGACUCUGUGGUGGACCAUCUUCCAGCAGAUAUCAGCACUGGGAUCUACUAUGGCUGGGCCUGUGUUGGUAAUGGUGAUGUCUACAAAAUGGUGAUGAGCAUUGGCUGGAACCCUUACUAUAAAAACACCAAGAAAUCCAUGGAGACACAUAUUAUUCACACAUUCAAAGAGGACUUCUAUGGGGAGAUUCUCAGUGUAGUGAUGGUGGGCUACAUCCGCCCGGAGAGAAGCUUCGACUCACUUGAGGCCCUCAUUACGGCUAUAAACAACGACAUUGAGGAGGCAAAGGUCAAACUGGAUCUUCCCGAGCAUCUCAAACUGAAAAACGACAACUUCUUCACCAGCCCCCCCAGCUCGUCUGCAGAUCUGCCCCCCAACAAGGCAUCCACAUCUCAGACUAUUAUGAACGGUCACUGACAGCUGGCUGUGACUGCAGCACAUAAACACACAACCACAACAACACAGAGGUUUCUAUGAAUACACAGGUGCGUGCAAACUCAUUAAAAUGCACAGCCUUGUUUGAGAUCUCUCAGCUGUCACCAUGGCUGCACAUGGACUGACUAUAACCAACCAAUCUUUUUUUUAUACCAGUUUUAUUUAUUUUUGCUGCUUCAUUUCCUGUACGGCCAUCAUUUGAUAGAUUAUGUUAAUUUUUGUAAAAUAAUACCAGAUUGCCUCUUUAACAGCACAACUCAGCAUGAAUCUCCUGGGCGUCACUGUUCCCUCUGCUUAUUAGAAUUCUUUUAGGUGAGAAAACAGGAUUCGGGAUGAUAGUGGCCACAAAGUAAAAGUUAUGAUCAUUUAAAUAACAUAAGUAGACUGUAAACUUGACCCUGUGAUCACCACAGAGGAAAGUUGUCAAACUUUUUAAUACUUCUUUACUUUUUUUGAAACCACAUUGUGUCAAUGAUACACUAUCCAUUAUUUUUUUUUACAUCCAAAAGUACUGAAAAUGAACUAAGUUAGAACAAAAUCAGAUAUACAGUUGUAUUUCCAACCCAAAGCAGCCAUGACGUGAGAGAGCAGAAGCACUACACUUCCUCUGAGGAACUAUUUUAUUUAGGGUAUUGAUCAUUUUCAGGAAAUGUUGUUUAUUUUGUGUGUCAUUGCAUAGACCAGUUUGGAGUAGAUGUCGGGAUUACGUUUCAACAGCUGCGCACACAUACUGGUGGCAGAAAGACAGCGGCAGCAAGUGGAGAGAAACGCAGAGAAGCAAAUCAGGUACCUGGUAUAAGGGAGUCAAUGUCUUAUGUUGCCAUAGGAUGUCAGAAUUGGAAUGCAAAACAACAAAAGUCCAGUCUAAAAUAGUCUUUAAAGCAGAACAAAGAUGUUAAUGGUUGUUUAUAAAGUAGCAGAAGCUGUAUUUAUAGUUAUUUAAAUGUUUUUUGUAUCAAACAUUACGCAACUAAUCAACAGAGUCCACUGUAAUCCAGCCAUACAAGCACAACUCACCACCAGUAUGUAGUUGUUUGGCUUGUUUUGUCUCAUAAAGCUAUAUUUAUGUCCUUGCUGCUGUCUAGGUGUUACAGUUUAAAUAGCGACUGUGUUACCUGGUGACUUUCAGCGAAAUGUAGUUGUGGUUGUUGUUACAACGGAUGUUAAAUUUGGAAGUUUCCUCACAAAUGUCUUUGUGAAGUUUUGUUUUAGGCAUACUAUAUAUGAUGAGUAUUUUUGACCUUUUUUAAGAUAAAAGGACACUAAACAAAUAACUGUAAUGACAAAAAACAAGAUCCACAGAGACAGUCGACAUUACGCCAUAGUUUGGGGAAGGACUUCCUAAGAGUCCUUUUGCUGAGCCUGCAACGCUGCAAAUGCAUGGAUUUGAAACUCAGAUGCUAAUGCUAACCAACAAUCAACAGAGGUGGAGGUGUUAAAAACUUAUCAGAAAUGAUUGAUGUCCAUAUGCUAUAAAAGGCUGAGCACAUUUAAUAAGUCAUUCUGUCAUCGCCAGAUAUUUCUUCCUGCAUGGUUAAAUUGCAUGGUAAGAGAUAAAAUUGCAUCCUCUGGGGAUAUGAUGAAUUAGAGUUCAUAUAAACUAGUCCAACAUUAAUGGUACUCCUGAAUAUUGUUUGGAUAAGGAGUCAGAAUGUUAAAGUGACAUGUCAUAAACUACUGACACAGACUUUUGGAUUUUGAGUUCCACAGUUGAACAAAGCUUGUUCUCCCACCAGACGGCUUGCAGCCACAAUGUCCUCCUGUUACCUCUGUACUCCCUUUGGGUAAAUAUAAAACAAAAAAAUCAAAGAUCUGGAUUCAAAGUUUGUUUGUAGAGCAGAAGGCCAUGCACGCAGCAGCUCUUUAGCGUUGUGAUGCCAACUCUAUUUCUGUUAAUACGUCUUUAUAAUUGCUCACGCAUUCAUUAUGGCAGUGUAAUGUUUGUUUGGCAUCAGGCUCUGUCUUCGUCUCUCCUCUCAGAUUUAUUUUACAUGCAGAAUUUGAGCAGUGAUAACAUCUUAUGCCCCCUGUCAGAGCCUACAGGUGGAUGCUAGGGUGGAGGGGGGUUAAACGUGAGAGCGGAGUGCUGCUUCAGGACAAAGAGCAGAGCAGAGGAAGAGACCAGGAAUCUUGCAGGUUGAGUAGUCCUCCAAAUUAGGAGACCGUGAUUUUGAUGCAUGUCAGGUGUGAAUCAUUAAAAUUGGGUAUGACUGUCUGAACUAUCUUGCAGGCGUCACUCUGUCUCGUAGAAAGUCGCCACUUAACACGGUCACUCAUUAUACUGUUAACACUAGGCAGUAAAUUUGUCUUUACCACACAGAAACAACCUGACACAUCUUGGUAUUUAGUGUCAGUAUAGACGCUGAGCGUCUCCACAGGGUUUACAAAGAUGUCCGCCCACUGUAACUUUGUUAGAUUGUUGACUCACUGAGCAGACGGUGAGUCCAUCUCAGGAAAUCUCAACCAGUCUAAAAGACUCAUCACUGUAAAACAACUUGUCUGCUGACAAACUAUUAAGAUAAUUGAAUAAGAUAUUCAGGUAGUCCAGAACUUUCUGGUGUGAACUGACUUUCUGCCACCAGUUAGGCUCCGCCCACUAAAUACACCUCACUGUAUAAAGUUACAGAAACAGUCUAUAACGGUGUCAAAUUUCAGUUUGUGUUCAGCCACCCUUUUUAACGUGAAGAUAAGAAGUCAACAUUUAUCACUUAUGGGUGUCUAGGAGGUCAUUUUAUUGUUGCCUUAUCAAAACUGGCAUCGAUAUUGCUUGACUUAACCAGUAUAGUCAUAAAAUUCUGGUAUUGUGACAACUCUACAGUCUAGCCAUGCUUCUUUUUCUGCAGCCAUCUCUUUCUGGUCAGAGAGAACGUCUGGGCAUUAUUAUCUGUAACAGAACACCGCCUGCAGUGUUAAGAGGAAUUUAUGCAACAAUGUGGCUUAAUGCAAGGCAUCUGUGUGCAGACAAGGAGAUUAAAUCUGGAAAUGAUAUAACUGUAAUGUUGUUAAAGUAUUCUUGCUUCCUCCUUUCAUUUUCCUCUUGAGGAAUUUUAAUCAGCCCUUUACUGUGUAUCACUGCCCUCAAAGUGAAUGAUUAUAUGAUCUGGAAGAUUAGAUUUGCUUUAUUUUAUUACAUUAUCUUAAUUUCUUUUAGACCGAAAUUGUGUAAUAAUUAGUGGUGUGCUUAAUUAUCCAGUGAUAUUCGUGUGAAAAUAUCUUAAAUGAAUACUUUUUAAGAUGAUUUUCAUGUGUGUCCUCUGAAUUUCAAGAGGAGUUGUGUUUCUCCUUCCCCUUUCUACCAUUAAAAGUUUUUAAAUGGUUAUAAAAGUGUAGAUGAUCCAAGAAUUACUAAAACAGAGUGUCCUGGCAUGUUCUUAUGCAGGACUGUUACUUCUUAAUUUCUUGCCUUUCAUUAACAACAGCUUUUCUGAUGCUCAGACCUGUAGUUCACCAGCGUCUGUGUUUGUUACAGAGAGUAAAACAUUACUAGAUAAGAUAAAAUCAGUCCUCACACGGCUCCUGCUGUCUGCUCUGAUAGUUACAAAGGGCAAAAGUCCUGCGGUGUUAAAACGUGACUUUAAACUGUAAACAUAUAAAAGGAUGAUCAUGCAGAAGUAGAAAAGCCCUGCUAUAUAUCUGCUAUCUUCAUAGACAUUACAGCUGUUCUUUCAUCUCAAACACACCACACUCGACACAUCUGUAAGCUGCUCUGAGAGCCUCUAUUUUUUUAGUUCUGCUUGUGUACUUGUGCUUAUUUAACUUUUACAGAGUAUGAACAAAAGAUCUUUAACUAGAAAUGUCUAAAGUCCUGUGAAGCCCUGUAAAUAAUUGUUUUUAAUAAUUAUAUCUCUAUAUAAAAGUCUAGCUGAGUGAUUUUUGCAGUUGAAGUUUGGAUUGUGUUUUAAAAUGUUUAAGGGGUGAAAGAUAUGGCUGCAACUUAAAAGUGUUGACACUUGUCAUGCAAUAGCUGCUGUAAUCCUUUCCAAAGAAAAUGUCUAUUUUGACCUCUUCAGCCACGUUGGUUUCUUGACUGAUGGAAGAAAAAGGGUUGACGUUAUGUAAAUGUAUAAAAAUGGUGUGUUGAUGCCUAUGAAAGAAUGAAGAAGCACUGCAGGAAGCUGUACUUUACUAUAACUAUACACUGACUGAUACAGAUAACUUUCCUUGCAACAUUAUCCAUUACUUUUGUUGUCUAGAGCACUUAAGAAACCUCACUGUACCUUUGAUUUUGCUUCCUCAAAGAUAGGAAGGAUGUUUUCAUCACACUUUUGUCUCGCUGCAAUAUUACAGCAUGGUUCGAGAGUUUUCCACGGUCAUCGUUAAAGUUCAUCUAGUUCAUCAGGGACCAGGGUUACUGCAUGUGAAGUUAAAGUUCAGCUCAUCUUUUAUGUCUUCAUUCUUCUGUCAAACAUGAUUUUAACAAAUAAAUAGUUUU